UCCUUCAGUGUUCUUUUGGUACUGAAAUUUCUGUUAUUCCCUUGUCUUGCAAGACGGCAAUGGCAGCGACGCCGAUCAGUGACCCAGAUGCCGACGCCCCUACCAGUGUAUCGACUCUGCAAUUCGGAACCUCCGAAGCUCUGGAUCACGUACGGAAAUUGACGGAUGUAGGAGCCAUGACCCGAUUCCUCCAUGAAUGCAUUGCCUACCAGCGAGCCCUAGAUCUGGAACUCGAAACCUUGCUUUCACAGCGCUCCGACCUCGAUCGCCAGCUCUCCAAUCUUCAUAAAUCCGCUGAGAUUUUGGAGAUCGUCAAGGCCGAUUCUUCGUACAUGCUCUCCAAUGUUUCCUCCACCUCUUCUCUAGCCGAUCAGGUCUCAUCCAAGGUUCGUCAUCUCGAUCUUGCUCAAUCGCGCGUUCAAGACACGCUCCUUCGGAUUGACGCCAUUGUCGAGCGAUCCAAUUGUCUUGAUGGAGUCCACAAGUCUCUCCUCGCCGAGGAUUUCGAAUCGGCUGCUUCGUACAUCCAGACUUUUCUGCAAAUUGACUCUAAGUUCAAAGACUCCUCGGCCUCAGAUCAACGCGAGCAGCUUCUUUCCUACAAAAAGCAACUGGAAAGCAUUGCCAAGAAGAGGCUUGCGGCGGCAGUGGAUCAGCGGGACCAUCCAACAAUCCUCCGAUUCAUUAAACUCUACACGCCUCUCGGUCUUGAAGAGGAAGGUUUGCAGGUUUACGUGAGCUACUUGAAAAAGGUCAUCUCCACAAGAUCAAGGACAGAAUUCGAGCAAUUGGUGGAAAAUAUGGAGCAGUCUAACAGUAACACUCAGGUGAAUUUCGUAGCUUGUUUAACAAAUUUGUUCAAGGACAUUGUCUUGGCCACAGAACAGAACAAUGAGAUUCUAAGAAAUUUGUGUGGUGAGGAUGCCAUUGUGUAUGCAAUUUGCGAGCUGCAGGAGGAAUGCGAUUCGAGGGGUUCUAAUAUUUUGAGAAAGUACAUGGAGUAUAGGAAGCUGGCAAAAUUGACAUCUGAGAUCAAUUCAUAUAAGAGUAACUUGCUGUCGGUUGGGGCAGAAGGUCCCGAUCCUAGAGAGGUUGAGCUUUAUCUAGAAGAAAUACUUUCUUUGACACAGUUGGGUGAGGAUUACACUGAGUACAUGGUCUCCAAAAUAAGGAGCUUGACCUCUGUGGAUCCUGAAUUAGGUCCACGGGCGACGAAGGCUUUUAGAAGUGGGAACUUCAGCAAAGUUUCUCAGGAUAUUACCGGGUAUUAUGUCAUUUUGGAAGGAUACUUUAUGGUGGAGAAUGUGAGAAAAGCCAUCCAAAUUGACGAGCAUGUUUUGGAUAGUCUAACCACUUCCAUGGUGGACGAUGUGUUUUAUGUGUUGCAGAGCUGUUGUCGCAGGGCAAUUUCUACCUCCAAUAUCAACUCAGUCAUUGCUGUGCUUAGCAAUGCAGUGAGCCUUUUGGGGGGUGAAUAUAGUGAGGCAUUGCAGCAGAAGAUGAGGGAACCUAACCUGGGAGCAAAGUUGUUUUCAGGUGGUGUUGGUGUGCAGAAGACUGGCACUGAGAUUGCGACAGCCUUGAACAACAUGGAUGUGAGUAGUGAGUAUGCCUUGAAAUUGCGCCACGAGAUUGAAGAGCAGUGUAUGGAGGCAUUUCCCACACCAGCUGACAGAGAGAGAAUCAAAUCCUGCCUGUCUGAAUUGAAUGAGAUGAGCAACAGUUUCAAGAAGUUGCUUAGUGUUGGAAUGGAUCAACUCGUAGCCUCUGUGACACCCCGAAUUCGGCAUUUGUUAGAUGGUGUGGCAACUAUAAGCUACGAACUUUCAGAAUCAGAAUAUGCUGAGAAUGAAGUGAAUGAUCCCUGGGUGCAACGCCUCCUCCACGCUGUUGAAAUAAAUGUUGUCUGGCUUCAGCCACUGAUGACUGCCAACAAUUAUGAUACAUUCAUUCAUCUUUUCAUCGACUUCAUUGUGAAAAGGCUUGAAGUGAUAAUGAUGCAGAAAAAAUUCAGUCAGCUUGGAGGCCUCCAGCUUGAUAGAGAUGUGAGGACACUGGUUAGUCAUUUCUCCAGCAUGACCCAGAGGACUGUUAGGGACAAAUUUUCUCGUCUAACUCAGAUGGCUACGAUUCUGAACUUGGAAAAAGUAUCUGAGAUUUUAGAUUUCUGGGGAGAGAACUCUGGCCCCAUGACAUGGAGACUAACUCCUGCAGAGGUCAGGAGAGUUUUAGGCCUACGAGUGGAUUUCAAACCUGAAGCAAUAGCUGCGCUUAAACUAUAAUUCCAGCUGUGUAUCUCGAAUCACGAUUCCUGUGUUGUUUAUGUUGCUGAUGUGCUAUUUCUUGGUUCAUUUUUGUUUAAUGAAAAGAAUCAUAAAUUACAAGAGUUCGUGGCUUAGGUUAUAUCUUUCUAACAGAUGAUAUAUUUGUGAACAGUCUUCUGUGGCAAAUAAUUUCCAUCAAA